AUGCAGCUUACCAUUCUCACCUCUCUUCUCGUCACUGCGCUCACAGUGAGCGCCACCCCUGUCGAACUACAGGAGAAACGUCAACUUGAAGGUGCUGCUCGCGUCUACGCCCGCUUCUAUCGGGAUGGCGGUUGCGGUCCCUCUCCAUGGGCCGAGGAUACUGUCUUCCUUCAGUCUGAUACUGUGGGACUUGCUGGAUGCCAGGAUCUGACCGUUGGGCCGUUCCCUAGCACCUUCUUCGAUGUCAACAACUUCAGCAGAACUGUGAGGUUCUUCAACCUGCCUUGCUCUCAGCUCACUUCAACUACGAGCGGAAACUUUGUCGAUAUCAAGCCCGGACAGGCCCCAGGGUGCCAGAACUUGGCCAUCCGCUCUUGGGUUACCAUCUAG